GGUGGCUCUUGGACCCAAUGUUCCCAGAUUGUCGGGUAGAUUCAAAGAGACACUGGAAAGCUCGUAACCAUGGAGAGAUAUUCUCUGCAAACUCCUUUUGUUUUGCUCGAAUGGUGUCAGAGACUCUAUAUGAGGCUGGCUAAAUCUGACAAUACAGACGCGGUUGUACAGUACAGUCUGGGCCAUUGCGAUCAUCGCUUCGAAGCUGAAGGGUUUGAUCCUAGCUUUCACGAGAUCUCUUUCGCCGCGGGUACUUCCGGGAACAUCAUGUGCCAUAUGAAUUGGAUUCUAAAAUAGAUGCACGCCUUUCCCGAGAGCAUCGCUAUGAGCAUGUUCCUUGAGUUCUCUUCGCUUGCCAUCAACAUCCGACAACGCCUGAACGAAAUUCGUGCAGUUCAAAGGCAAUUGGACGCCAAAGACGUCAGUCACGACAAGGAAUCCAUCUUCCACAGCCUUUUGCAAAGUGAUCAGCCCGAAAUUGAGAAGACGCCAGAGCGACUGGCUCAAGAAUCCGUUCCUCUUGCAGGAGCCGGAACGUAUACAGCUGCUUGGGCAAUGACUCUAGAAGUAGCACUCCCGAAUCCCUUGGCUCAUGUAGCACUCGGUGCAUUGGAACAGCUUCCAUACUUGACUGCUGUCAUCAAAGAAGGACUACGUCUCUCACUUGGCCUUUCUAGCAGACUUCCCAGAAUCAUGGUCGAUAAAAUCAUCAAGUUUCAGAGUUGGGAAAUUCCAACGGGAGUUCCAGUGAGUAUGACAAUCCCCCUCGUACAUCUUAAUGAAAAGACCUUCCUGACGCCCGCUCCUUCUAUCCUGAACGGGUCGCGCAAUUGUCUCGGGAUCAAUCUGGCUUGGGCUGAGCUAUACAUCGGCAUCGGUACAUUGUUAAGGAGGCUUGGAAAGUUAGAGGUUCGCGGAUCCUCGGACCUUGGACGUAUGGAGCUAUUUGAGACUAAUGUGGGCGACGUCGAGGUUGCGGAUGGUCUCUUCCCACUUGUAAAGGCUGGGUCGAAAGGAGUGAGAGUGAAGUUAUUCAAGUAG